AUGGCUUCAAAAGCAGUAUGGCAGGCGCCCACGGGCAACAGGGGCUUCACAGACGCCGGGAUAGUGAUCAUUGGCGGCGGAAUCUCUGGGAUGUGCAUGGCCAUCAGCUUGCUCAAGAACAACAUCCGCAAUUUCGUUAUACUGGAGAAAAGCGCUGGACUGGGCGGAACGUGGAAGGACAAUAAGUAUCCUGGAUGCUGCUGUGACGUCUUCUCGCAUCUCUACAGUUUCUCGUUUGCGCAGAACCCCGACUGGACCAGGUUAUAUCCCUCGCAGGAAGAGAUAUUGAACUACCUGAAUGAUGUCGGAGACAAGUACGGCCUACACAGAUAUAUACGCUUCAGCUCUAUGGUAGAAGAGUGCCGUUGGAACGAAGACGAGAAGAAGUGGAAGACCACAGUACACGUUGAAGGCGCUAAAGACUCUGAAUUCGGGGAACGAUAUACCAUCUCGUCAGAUUUCCUCCUCUCCGCCGUUGGUCAGCUAAACUACCCGCAUUAUCCUUCAAUCCCUGGCAUCGAUGACUUCAAGGGCAAGCUCAUGCACUCAGCCCGAUGGGACUGGAGUUACAACAUCAAGGGCAAGAAGGUGGGCAUCAUUGGAAAUGGCGCUACGGCUGCCCAAAUCAUACCGGAAAUUGCGCCAGAAGUAUCACACCUGACUGUCUUCCAGCGCACCCCGAACUGGGUUGCGCCUCGCCACGAUAUAUGCAUGACUCUGCCCAUAAGAUUCAUGUUUAGAUACAUACCUGGUGUCCUAUCUAAGUUCCGUGCCCUUAUAAUGGAUGUUCGUGAAAGCCUGUUUGCUUCCAUCCUCAAGCCUGAAUCUCAGGUAUCUGGUUACCUGAAGAAAAUCAGCGUGGCCAUGAUGAAGCGACAGCUAGCAAACAAGCCGGAGCUUUGGGAGAAACUGACUCCAAACUACCCCCCUGGCUGCAAACGUAUCAUCACCAGUGAUGACUACUUCCCUGCUCUAGCGCGGGAUAACGUCAGCCUUGAAACCGGCCAUAUUGAUCGAAUAUCUGAAUAUGGGAUUGUGGUCGAUGGCGCCGAACAACAGUUCGACCUGAUAAUACUCGCCACUGGUUUCCGUACAGUUGAAUUCAUGCACCCUAUAAAGGUGUAUGGUGAGAACGGGAGAUCAAUCUCUGAUAUUUGGAAAAACGGUGCUCGCGGCUUGUACGGUAUCACCAUCGAGUCCCUACCGAACUUUGCCAUGCUGUACGGGCCCAACACCAAUCUAGGCCACAGCUCAAUUAUUCUUAUGGUCGAGGCACAGACACGAUAUAUCUUGAGUAUGUUGACCACCGUUCUUCGGUCCAAGCAACGUGGCCGUACUCUCACCAUCACACCCAAGGUUGACCGCAUUAAUGCAUUCAACGAAUCCCUGCAAAAGGAACUGGCCAAAUCAUCCUUUGCCCAUCCAAACUGUACCAGCUGGUAUAAGAACGAAGAAGGCUUGAUUACUAACAACUGGUCCGGUAACGUACUGGACUAUCAGAAGCUCUUGUCAAGAAUCGACUGGACCGACUUUGAUAUGAAGGGAGACGACUCUGUCAAAGGCAGGACCUACACCCGCCUUGGUCGUGUCCGAGAGGAGUCGCUCAUUGGACUCAAGUCUCUAUCUACUGCUGCUAUUGCAGCCGCAGUUAUCUAUGGCGUAUCCCGACGGUCACCGGAUUUUUUCCCUGGGUUACUUAGAUAUCUUCAUCUUUCUUGA